CUUACGCUUCUUACGUAGGCCAUUCCCGCCGCGUUUACGGCCGCCUCCGAGCGUAGCGGCAGCGCCGUCAGUCAGGCCCGUUUUCCGCCUUUCUUUAAUUAUUUCUGUCGGUGUGACUGCGGCGGGUAAACACUCCGAUGGUCGUUGAGCCCGCGCGGCACUGAAGGACUGCACAGGCUCGGAGCUCCACCGCAGACAUGGCUCGCCCUCGGCCGCGGGACUACAAGGCAGGAGAUUUGGUUUUCGCGAAGAUGAAGGGAUACCCGCACUGGCCGGCCAGGAUUGAUGAGCUUCCUGAGGGAGCUGUCAAGCCACCUGCCAACAAAUACCCCAUCUUCUUCUUCGGGACCCAUGAAACUGCAUUCUUGGGUCCAAAGGAUCUUCUUCCCUACAAGGAGUACAAAGACAAAUUUGGCAAAUCCAACAAGAGGAAAGGAUUCAACGAGGGCCUGUGGGAGAUUGAGAACAACCCCGGAGUGAAGUUCACCGGCUAUCAGGCCAUCCAGCAGCAGAGCUCGUCGGAGAUGGAAGAGGGCGGGAACGCCGCCGAUGGCAGCAGCGAGGGCGAAGAGGGCGACUCCGUUGAGGAGGAAGACGACAAGGAGAAACUGAAAGGAGACAAGACCGGGUCCAAACGGAAAAAGACGGCCAGCUCCAAGAAAUCCUCAAAGCUGUCGAGGAUCUCGUCUGGAGAGGACGACCUGGGGAAAGACGGGAAGGAUGAUGACCAGAAGAGCGGCUCGGAGGGAGGGGACCCUGACAACGACAUCAUGCAGAACACCACCGACAGUAAGAACCAGCUGCUCUUAGAGGAACACUAGAGGGGAAAUCAUUGUGUGUAGCUGCGACGUUGGGACGGUGACCCCACAACAUGAUUUCUCAUCAGCACCACCUGCUGGCUGCCAUCGACACCUCCACUUCCUGUUCUUCAGUGUGUGUUUGUAUGAAAGAUGCACCCUUACUGAUGCUGGUAUCAGCCUCCAUGUUGGUGCCAGGCUUGAGACUGGGCAUUACGUCACACAGGUUAUUUCUCAGCACUCUCACUUAAUCCCAGGAGAAGCCUCGAAAAUCAACAGCUGAAGGUUGUAAUUAGUUUCAUGUGACGAUUUGAAGGAUAUUUUAAGGGGCAUUAAGUACAUGUAAACCUUUAGGAGCUUUGAUACCAUAGUGUGUGUUUUUAAUGGAGCUUUAUUUUUGAUUUGAUUUGUUUCUACUCGGCCUGAGGCGACAGCGAUGUGUUUUAAUUUACUGUGUUUAAGCUUCACGUCUCAUAAAGUAGCGUCAGGAGCGUAAAGUUUUAGCUUUAGUCUGAAAGAUCCGCUUUAGUCCGGACCGGGAAUCUUGGAAACCUCGUCACAGACGGACACACAGAUCUGAGCAACAGCUGCGUUAGCCAAUCGGUGUUUGCGAUGUCAUCACAGAGCGCUCUCCUGCCCACAUCGACAACAUUUAAAAACCACGUCGCUGACUGAUCACACUGAAUAUAAAUAAAUAUUUUUUUGUGAUUCAGCGUGUUAAUAAUAAAAACUUGAAUUAGUUACGAAGUAACUGUAAAAUAUGAACAAAUUAUUCUUUCGAUUGUGCAAAAAUUAAAAAGUCAAACAAAGCACAUUUUUUUCAGCAUGUUUAAAGAUAUUUAUCAAUCAAACCUAUAAAGCUAAAGAUUUCCUCUAUAAAUGUAUCUGUUUGAGGGGAAAACUGGCAGAUAAAAGAAGGCUGCUUUGGACAAACAAGAAUAGAUAUGCCAUAUUAAUUUCUUCACAACAGAAGAUGUAGGUAUCAGGUAAAUAUUACUUUUAAACUGUGACAGGAAGUGUGAGCGUGUUUGUGCAUGUGUGGAAUAAAUCGGGUCUCCGGUACAGAUCAGGCAGUGACCGUGUGCACAGUAAGGUACCUGUAUUUGCUCAGGUGAGCUGGCCAGGUGCUGUGAAUGCUUAUUGGUUGCGUUAGCAGUAACUGCUCACGUUGAUCUAUGAUCAAAUUUGCACGUCUUUUUUCCCCCCUCGUUUUGAUGACAUCAGCAGCAGGGCUCUCUAAAUCCUAAAUGCUGAUUGGCUGAAGCACAUGUUGUUCCAGAGGUGUGAUCCAGAUGUUGAUUCCAAGAUAAAAACCACAGUUAAAAUGUUCUGUUUAGGUGUUAUUGUGGAGGUAGCUAACAGCCCAGCAGAAUGAACCUGCUGAAAAUUCACAAAGCACAGAAAAACUCAAAAAUUUCGCCUAACUCGCUUCGAUCUGACCGCACCUUCCAAACAAUCAGCAAACAGAGUCAGCUGUUCGUGCUGACCCGACCGUCCGAGCUUGCUUUAUUCAAAAGGGAACCCCGGUGCAGUCUGACGACAGAGCUGAAGCCAUCUGGAUUUGAGGCUAUUUAUAGCUCUGCUGUAGCUAACCAGCUGCGCUCUGUAACCGCAGCGUAUUUUUUAUGGAGUUUAAUCCAUUUUAGAGGAUGAAUGUAAACAAUGGUUAAUGAAAGCUAGGCUGACUAAAGCAAACCCAGUAUAAGCGUUUCUGUCACGCUGUGCCGGUAACGGUAAAUGUUUCGGCACAUUCAGCGUUAGUUCAUGUUUUUUAUAUAUCAACAAAAAGCUGUAGGCUUUACUUAAACAUCUGUGACUAAAAUCAGUGAGAGCUCAGAGGUAACACAACAACAUGACCCGUCUGUGUGUUUCUGUGGGUGUAAUUCAGGCUCCAGGGUGAACAAACAUGAUGUGAAACGCCCAGAUUUAUCUGACGCAGUGCUCAUGUUUUAUGUUUGGAUGCUCAGGUCUGUAAAUUAUUGGAUUAUUUUGCCUCUGCACAUCACAGACUCAAGUAGUCUGAAAUCAGCUCCUCCCUUUUUAACAACAGCUUUUGUCUGAUUGGCUGCAGACUAUGUGAGUGAGGGACUCAUGAGACCACAAUCUCCAAAUUAAACGAUAAGACCCGAGACGCCGACUGGCACCAUAAGUGUUACUGACCUCCCAUUUUCUCAUAGGCGUCUAUCAGAUUGCAGAGAUGUCGCCCCCUGGUGAUCGGCGGAGAGAAUGCAAGUUUAAUUCACCCUUGAGUUAAAGCUGGCGUCCAGUGUGGUGUGUGUGAAACUGCAGAGCUUGUGUCCACAAACUUGUGGUCCUGACUGUAACCUGCCUCCUCACUAACUGCUGAAAAAUGACUUUUUACAUGUACUACUUACUGUAGUUUGUCACACACAGUAGAAACACAGUAGAAAUACAGUAUUAGUGCAUCUGUGCUUGCUCUGCAACUUGGAUGUGAUCACAAGGUUCUGAGAACUCGUCCAGAAACAUCACCUGAUAUAAAUUCGGCCCGGUGAUAUCCAGCAUACCUGCUCAGGUGAACUUUUUUGUCGUAUCGGCCUGUUUCUGGUCCACGUGUCUCCUGCGUUGCACGAGACUCUGUUUAACGUGCUGCAGACCUUUGACCUCUGUCACGCUGUCCCGGACACCAAAUACCUGAACGCUCGGCACUUGUUCACAGCGAGUAGUCCAAACCGCAGAGGAGCAGAUUAACGACUGGCCUCGUGCUGUGGGCAUUUGGUCCAUUGUCAGCGUCUUCUUCCAGCCACGUGAUGCCGUUUGCUUCCGCCCAGCAGGGACACGACCUUUUACAGAAACCUGGACAUUCUAGCUCAUGAGGUAUCCAACCAAUCUUACCUCCAUCUCUAAAACUGCAUCCUGCCACUUAAAGAACAUCUCUCAGACUUUCAACUCUGCAGCUGAAACCUCUAUUCAUGCCUUUCAUCGCCUCCCACCUGGACUACUGUAACAAUGCCCUGUUCGGUCGGCCAAUCACAGCCCUAGAUGAGGUCUGCAGUACGUUCAAAACUUCUCAGCCCCACCCUUAUGAGCCUCCGCUGGCUCAUAGUCAGUUCUGCAUCUCCUAUAAAACCCCUCUCCUCGCUGACACCCCAGCCUGGACACCGCGGUGUGUCUGCGAGAACAGCCACGCUGAUCCCUUGACUGAGUUGGACCUUCUUCAAUGUCUUCCUCAGAGUUUGGACCUGGAAACGGUGAUGACGUCAGUCUAAGCAGACAGGUGGGCCCGCUCUCAGAACCUUUGAGUCACACCUUGUGCGAGAGGUCAGGUGUGUUCCUCCAGUUGUACGUCAUACUCACACAGUGUAGAUAACCAUCAGACAGUAUUUGUACUGACUGCACAGACCUACCUGUACGCAUCACUCAUGAUCACCUGUCACUGUGUACAAAUGCAUUUGAUAAGACCCAUAUAUAUAUAUAUAUAUACAUACAUAUAUAUAUAUAUAUAUAUAAAUACACAUAUAUAUAUAUAUAUACUCUCCUAGCGUCUAUGAUGUAUGUCGGGUUUUGCGGUGUACUGAUCACUCUAGUUAUAGCUUGAAAUAGGUUUCUGUUUUUUUACCUGGAUAAUUAUGAGAGUGGUUUAUGGAAUAUUCAGUGUCAAACAUUAUCCAUCCACACUAUAUGUUACUCUUUUAUGUAACCAGAAAAAGAUGAAUGGAAAUACAUAGAUAAAUGUAUGGAGUGUUGUGCACAACCGGGUUACACAUUGUAACUCCGUAUUAACUCUUAUCUGUAUAUUUGACUUUGGUUGUAGAGUGUAGGAGCGCUAUUCUACUCAGACCGCUCUAGAAAACAGCUCAUCUUUUUAUGGAGAAGUGACACAUCCGUUCCUCUGUGUACCUGUGAAAUAGAUCACUGUAUAAUUCAAAGCUUUUUAUAGUGGCAUGCGCUGCUGUUGUACUCGCCAUCCAUCCAAGUGUCUGCUGGUUCUUCUGUUUAACCUCUGAGCAUCCAUCAGAUCGGCAGCUGUGACCCUCGCGUCACAUCCACCCUAACACGGUGUGGAAACUGGGAAACCUGACAACAGACGACGUCUGGGAGACCUGAUCCGGUUUCGUCUUCAUUCUGACGAGCCGUUCGAAUGUUUUCCCUUUCAGAUUAUUUUGUUUCUUCACAAGCUGUGAAAUGUGUGCUCUGAAUAGGUGAAGAUUCUUUAAAAACUCCCUCCCUGCAAACCCGCCUCUAAAAACUACCACACGAAGAAAGUAACUGGGAUUAUCCUCGCCACACCAGUAGACUUUGUUCUUCUUCCAGUCUUCUCCACCUCCUCCUGUCCCAGCAUCCUCCUCUGCAUGUCCACCUUCACUACAUCCAUGAAUCUUCUCUGAGGUCUUCCUCUUCUCCUGCCUGGCAGCUCCAACUUCAUCCUCUACCCUCCCUCCUCUGCACACGCUCAGACCAUCUCAGCCUCUCUGACUCUGAGCUGUCCCUCUGAUGGACUCAUUUCUGAUUUAGGACUUCCACCUCUCCAGACUACUUCCUGUUUAAAAAAAAGAGAAGGUGGAGGAGGAUCAGGCUGACAAACUCAUUAAGUUAAGCCCGUGGUUACUCCUAUCAACUCAGUUUUUGACCUGUGGGUUUACCGCCACCCUCCCCGCUGUGAGUUUGAGGCCACGCGGCGCCGGUUGGCGUCAGGACUUUGACCCUGCUGUGAAAAAUAUGGGAGUGUUUUUCGUCUCCGCCCAUCAGGAGACUAAAAUGAAUCAUUCUGACAUCAAAAACUUUUUCUUGUUUUCGCUUUUUUCCAAAACACAUUAGAUAAUGAUGAUGAUGAUGACCUCACGGGUUAACUCGCAGAGACUGAGGUAACUCUGCAGAUGACCUGGUGGAUGCUCAGAGGUCAGCGUCAUGUUGCUGUUAGCGAGUGAACCUGAAGGAAACGGACGCCGCUGUUUCUGUUGGCUUGUCUGUAAUCCCGAAGGUAAUCUUGACCGCGUCCACCCUCAGAGGAGACGGGCGGUGUCAUCUUUUAUUUUGAAGUUCCCAAAUCCUCCUUCGACCGAAUCAAAGACGACGCCUGACCCGCUCGGUCUUUUAACUCCCGUUGCCUUUGCUUUGCUCCCACUCCUGUUGUCAUCAGAUACAGACUGUUUAUUUUCCCACGGCGGGUCGAGACAUCCUCUCUGCGUGAACUCGUCUCUUCCUCUGUCGGUGUUUCUUUCCGAUCUUUGUUAAUGCUCGUAUUUGGAACAUGUUUUGCAUUUUAAAGGUUUGUAAUUUACUGUAAACUGUUUUUGCUGUUUAUGGAAAAAACUUUUACAAAAUAAACUCAUUGGAAUGCAGAGCGCGACUGUUUCCUGUUCACACUCACCAAAAUAAAAGCACCUUUCUGACCUC